AUGGAAGUCAUAGAUAAAAAGAUUUCUAUUGAACAUGCAAGCCAUCCACUGGCUCCAGGUAUGGGUGUAGCGGUGUACUCGGGUCUGGUAGUGGCCCUGCUGCUGAGCGUGAUAAUGGCUCUGUGCGUGGGAGUGCUUGCAUAUCGCCGCAGAUGCCGACAUCUCCACGGAGACAUCACCGAUUCUUCGUCAGCUCUCACCACCGCGUUUCACCCCGGCAACUACAAACCUCCCAGACAGGAUAACCCCCACCCUCUGCAUCCCUCAGCUCCUCCAGAUCUGACAGCCACAGCAGGAGCUUUCCGUGGGCCACUCUUCUCCCUCCAACAAGGGGUCAACGACAGCCCCCACAAAAUCCCCAUGACCACCUCUCCCUUGCUGGACCCCCUACCCAACCUCAAAAUCAAGGUGUAUAACUCUUCCACGCUUUCUUCCCUGGAGCUUCCUAAUGAUGUAAGCUCAGGUGACGGAGAGAUCCUCAGCUUAAAGUCAGUGGGUACUGUGGGUAGAGAGCGAGAGUAUCACACCCACACCCUGUCCAGAGAGCCUGGGUUGAGUACAAGUGCCACACUUGGAAAUCUAGGAGGACGCCUUACCAUCCCCAAUACAGGUGUGAGUUUGCUGGUCCCCCCUGGCACAAUCCCCCAGGGCAAGUUCUACGAAAUGUACCUCAUCAUCAACAAGUGGGACAAAACAACGCUUCCCUCUGAGGGCAGUCAGACCGUACUUAGUCCUGUGGUGAGCUGUGGUCCAACCGGUAUGCUGCUGAAUCGUCCUGUGGUCCUUACUUUGCCCCACUGUGCCCAGCUAGACACACCGACACCCGACUGGACCCUCACACUAAAAACACAAACGCAUCAAGGAGCAUGGGAGGAGGUGCUGACUGUAGGGGAGGAGACUUUGUCGUCCCCGUGCUACCUGCAGCUGGAAGAGGAGUGCUGUCAUGUUCUCAUGGAGCAGCUAGGAACAUAUGGCCUUGUGGGCCAGUCGUGCCCUCCACAGCCUGCCUGCAAGCGGCUGCAGCUGGCUCUCUUUGCCCCCCGUGCACCAUGCCUCUCCCUGGACUACAGCCUCCGGAUCUACUGUAUCCACGACACCCCACAUGCACUCAAGGAGGUGCUGGAUUUGGAGAGGAGUUUGGGUGGAGUUUUGCUGGAAGAUCCCAAGCCGCUGCUCUUCAAAGAUAGCUACCACAAUCUGCGCCUGUCCAUCCACGACAUUCCCCACACUUACUGGAGAAGCAAACUUCUGGCCAAGUACCAGGAGAUACCGUUUUAUCACAUUUGGAGCGGCAGUCAGCGACCCCUGCAUUGCACCUUCAGCCUGGAGAGAGGCAGCCUGGCUGUGUCGCAGCUCACCUGUAAGAUCUGUGUCCGGCAGGUGGAAGGGGAGGGACAGAUAUUUCAGCUGCACACUGACAUCCAAGAGACUUUACCUCCGCACUCACCCCUCCCCUCAGGAGGCACGUGCCUACCCUCCUCUCAAGUGGGACCUUAUGCCUUUCGCUUGCCUGGCUCCAUCCGCCAGAAGAUCUGUGCCAGUUUGGAUGCGCCCAGCGCUCGAGGGUGUGACUGGAGACUACUGGCUCGCAGUCUGGGUUUUGACAGGUAUUUGAACUACUUUGCCACAAAGCCCAGCCCCACAGGUGUUCUGCUGGACCUAUGGGAGGCAUGUCACCAAGGUGACGCAGACUUGGUCUCUCUGGCGACCGCACUGGAAGAGAUGGGCAAAAGUGAAGUUCUAGUUGUCAUGACAACUGAUGGGGAUUGUUGAUUGGUCAAGAAACAAGAGAGCGAGCAAGACAUUUUGUUCCUCACCACCACCGUAAUGAAAAUACCUGCCUAUGAAUAUGCACACACGCUGGCGCAAAUCACAAACCCACAGAGCAUUUUGGUUGCUUCACAUAAACUUUAUUACCUCUGCCUCAUUUCCCUUUUCACCGGCCCUGAAAUGAUCAGCUACUGUAGCUACAUGGCCACCAUAACAUAUUCCCAUGCGUGCCAUCCGCCUGCUAACCUGAUUCGGCUUGAGUCCUCCAAAGCAAUGUUGCAUCUGCAGGAUGUAAAACCAAUCUGAGGGUACCAAGACGUAAACUGGCUGUAAAGUCAUCUGUCAAACAUGGUGUUGACUGCCUUUGAAUACUGAAAAUGAUUUUACGCUUGUGUAUAAGUAUGAGUGCUUUGGGACAAAACAAAAAUAUUCAUGUAUUCAACACGCUAAAGCACGCACAACGCCACAAACGCUAACGUGGGAUUACCCGUGUUUCAGUAGCCGCAUGAAAGUGCAUGAUUUAACAUCACCUCAUGGCAGAGGCUUUUUGUUUCUCCAUUGUCACCCGGUGUGUGCGCUGAAGGACAGGCAGCACCAACCUGCCUGCAACUUCACGGGCUAACACACACACACAUACACACACACACACACACGGGCAGAGCAGUCAUUAAUCGGCUCUAAAGCAGACAGGCUAGGAUUUCUCGUCUAACUGCUUCGACUGAUGACAAAUCGUGUAACGAUCGAACCCUCGAGGUUUGAAUCUUUGGGCGGAAAAAAAAAAAAGCUGCCUCUCCUGUGCAGCAGAAGUGUGAAUUUUUGAAGUUUGCUUCAGAAUUGGCGAAUAACUAGACUGACUCUUUAUACUGUACCAACAAACGCCUCAAAGCCUUGGCAUAUCAUUCCGACUCACAGGGGUGUUUCUCUUUCAUCUCUCCUUGCAUUCCUCUUUCGCUCCGCAACACUUCAAUCUUUCGAGAAUAAACUGCAGGAGAGCUUUCCGGUCAUCCCUUAAAAAGUUUCCUUUGGGGAACGCUCUUUAAUUUAUUGUCCAUAUUUGUGGAUUCUUUGUUUUCUGUUUGUCUUUCUUUCGCUGUCACUGGUGUUAUGAUCAUAUAGGACCUGUCUUAACAUCUGUGCUUGUUUAGGCUACUGAUCUGCUGUGUAUUACUUUUUUGAUCCUAGUAGAGCACACCAAAAUUGGCGAGUUAGGUACACAGUGUGGCUGUCUCUCUUGUGAAUAACAAAAUUAUGUUUAUGUUAUUUUUUUUUAAUCUUGUGCAUCGAUUCAAAAAUGUAAAAUAUAUUCUGUAAGACAUGAUUGGGGGGGGGGUCAAAUGUCCUGAUGAAUUUGCUGCACGCUGUAAUUUGGAGGCUUUGCUGUAAUUGAAGGCCAUUUCCCGAGAUCACAGAUGAUUGUAGGAUAGAAUAGCCUUGCUUUGAAUCAAGUGGGCAUCAAGGGACCAUAAAACUUACCUCAACACUAACGUAAUUAUAUUGCAAUCUGUUCUCUGUUCGCCACUUAUCUAUGUGUGCGUAUGUCCAUACAUCGCCCUGUGACUCAUUAUGUCUCCCUUCUCUCAAUUCUUUUACUAAGCUGCCUGCUUUGUGGUCAGGGUCCUCAAUCUGUUUGCAUCGUCACUUUUGUUCUGUCAGUUUUUCGUUAGGCGAGAAUUUAAAUGCUUUCGUCU